GAGGGGAGGAGGAAGAGGAGGAGGAGGAGGAAGAGGAGGAGGGUGAGCGCUCGGGUCGGGCUCCUUAGCGGUGUAUUGUGGGAUGUGCGGCUACUGGGAGCCGAGCCUCCGCCGCCAGCCGCCUCCCGGGCAGCAGCAGCAGCAGCAGCAGCGGCGGCGGCAGCAGCUCCGGGCCCGGCAGCCGCGGCGGCGGUGCCCCCCCGUCCCGGCCCCCAGUCCGGCCGCCCCGGCCUCGGCUCCCGCGGGGGACACCAUGUACUGGCUGGCGGCGCAGGGAGGCCGGCGCCCGGCGGGGAUGUUGGGUUAACGGCAUGGAGAACAGUCACCCCCCCCACCACCACCACCAGCAGCCCCCGCCGCAGCCCGGCCCUUCGGGCGAGAGGAGGAACCACCAUUGGAGAAGUUACAAGUUGAUGAUUGACCCGGCUCUGAAAAAGGGGCAUCAUAAACUGUACCGCUACGAUGGGCAGCAUUUCAGCCUGGCGAUGUCCAGCAACCGCCCGGUGGAUAUCGUCGAAGAUCCUCGGGUCGUCGGGAUCUGGACCAAAAACAAGGAGCUGGAGCUGUCGGUGCCCAAAUUCAAGAUCGAUGAGUUCUACGUGGGCCCGGUGCCUCCGAAGCAGGUGACAUUUGCCAAGCUGAAUGAUAACAUCCGCGAAAACUUCCUGAGGGACAUGUGCAAGAAGUAUGGGGAGGUGGAGGAGGUGGAGAUUUUGUACAACCCCAAGACCAAGAAGCACUUGGGCAUUGCCAAGGUGGUCUUUGCCACGGUCAGGGGGGCCAAGGAGGCGGUUCAGCACUUGCACAGCACUUCGGUCAUGGGCAAUAUCAUCCACGUGGAGCUGGACACCAAAGGGGAAACCCGCAUGCGGUUCUAUGAACUGUUGGUCACGGGCCGAUACACACCCCAGACCCUCCCAGUGGGUGAGCUGGACGCUGUCUCUCCCAUCGUGAAUGAGACCCUGCAGCUGUCAGAUGCCCUGAAGCGCCUUAAGGAUGGUGGCCUAUCUGCAGGCUGUGGCUCUGGCUCAUCCUCUGUCACCCCCAAUAGUGGUGGGACACCCUUCUCCCAGGACACUGCUUACUCCAGCUGCCGCCUGGACACGCCCAACUCCUACGGACAGGGCACGCCGCUCACCCCGCGCCUGGGUACCCCCUUCUCGCAGGACUCCAGCUACUCUAGCCGCCAGCCCACACCCUCCUACCUCUUCAGCCAGGACCCCGCAGCGACCUUCAAGGCCCGGCGCCACGAGAGCAAGUUCACGGAUGCCUACAACCGCCGCCAUGAGCAUCAUUAUGUCCACAACUCUUCUGCAGUCACCGCGGUGGCAGGGGCCACAGCCGCCUUCAGGGGCUCUGUGGACCUCCCGUUUGGGGCAGUUGGCAGCAGUGGGGGCAGCGGUGGCCCUCCAUUCAAGGCCCAGCCACAGGAUCCAGUCACAUUUGCCCACACUCCACCGCCUGCCCCAGCAGCCUCUGCUCCUGGAGUCACGUUCAAGUCGGCUUUCUCUCCAUAUCAGACCCCUGUGCCCCCUUUCCCCCCACCUCCUGAGGAGCCCACCGCCACAACCCCCUUUGGGGCCCGUGACAGCGGGGAGUUCCGGAGAGCACCUGCGCCCCCGCCUCUGCCCCCCACUGAGCCCCUGACCAAGGAGAAGCCAGGCACGCCUCCCGGCCCACCGCCCCCUGAUGCCAACAGCAUGGAGCUGGGCGGCCGGCCGACCUUCGGCUGGAGUCCUGAGCCCUGUGACAGUCCUGGCACGCCUACGCUGGAGUCAUCGCCUGCAGGGCCGGAGAAGCCCCACGACAGCCUGGACUCCCGCAUCGAGAUGCUGCUGAAGGAGCAGCGCACCAAGCUGCCCUUCCUUCGGGAGCAGGACUCGGACACGGAGCUGCAGAUGGAGGGCAGCCCCAUCUCGUCGUCCUCCUCCCAGCUCUCCCCACUGGCCACCUUUGGCACUAACUCCCAGCUGGGCUUUCGAGGGCCCACACCACCUUCCUCACGCCCCUCCAGCACCGGCCUGGAGGAUAUCAGCCCCACACCACUGCCUGACUCGGAUGAGGAUGAUGAGGUUGACCUGGGCCUGGGGCUCCGGCCCCCACCGGAGCCAGGACCCCCAGACCCGACCAGUCUUCUGGGCCAGACAACUGAGGUGGCCUUGGACCUGGCUGGAGACAGGACCCCAACCUCAGAGAAGAUGGAUGAGGGCCAGCAGUCCUCGGGUGAGGACAUGGAGAUCUCGGAUGAUGAGAUGCCCUCGGCCCCCAUCACCAGCGCUGACUGCCCCAAGCCCAUGGUGGUGACCCCAGGGUCGGCGGCUGUGGCAGCCCCCUCUGUGCUGGCUCCGACCCUGCCACUGCCCCCACCCCCUGGCUUCCCACCACUGCCUCCACCCCCGCCACCGCCCCCACCGCAGCCUGGUUUCCCCAUGCCCCCACCUCUGCCCCCACCACCGCCCCCACCACCCCCAGCCCACCCAGCCGUGACAGUGCCCCCACCACCCUUGCCAGCACCACCACCUGGUGUCCCACCCCCGCCCAUCCUGCCGCCGCUGCCGCCUUUCCCGCCGGGGCUGUUUCCCGUGAUGCAGGUGGACAUGAGCCACGUGUUGGGUGGCCAGUGGGGCGGCAUGCCCAUGUCCUUCCAGAUGCAGACGCAGAUGCUGAGCCGUCUGAUGACAGGCCAGGGUGCCUGCCCCUAUCCUCCCUUCAUGGCUGCCGCGGCCGCCGCUGCCUCGGCUGGGCUGCAGUUCGUCAACCUGCCGCCUUACCGGGGCCCCUUCUCCCUGAGCAACACUGGCCCAGGCCGCGGGCAGCCCUGGCCACCCCUGCCCAAGUUUGACCCAUCAGUGCCGCCACCAGGCUAUGUGCCACGCCAGGAGGACCCACACAAGGCCACUGUGGAUGGCGUCCUGCUCGUGGUGCUCAAAGAACUCAAGGCCAUCAUGAAGCGUGACCUGAACCGCAAGAUGGUGGAGGUGGUGGCCUUCCGGGCCUUCGACGAGUGGUGGGAUAAGAAGGAACGGAUGGCCAAGGCCUCACUGACCCCUGUGAAGUCCGGCGAGCACAAGGAUGAGGACAGGCCGAAGCCCAAGGACCGCAUCGCCUCGUGCCUGCUGGAGUCAUGGGGCAAGGGCGAGGGCCUGGGCUACGAGGGCCUGGGCCUGGGCAUUGGGCUGCGCGGGGCCAUCCGGCUGCCCUCCUUCAAGGUCAAGAGGAAGGAGCCACCAGACACAGCGUCGUCUGGCGACCAGAAGCGGCUGCGGCCCUCCACCUCUGUGGAUGAGGAAGAUGAAGAAUCCGAGCGUGAGCGGGACCGGGAUAUGGCAGACGCCCCCUGUGAGCUCGCCAAGCGAGACCCCAAGGGUGUGGGCGUGCGGCGGCGGCCGGCCCGGCCACUGGAGCUGGACAGUGGAGGGGAGGAGGACGAGAAGGAGUCAUUGUCAGUGUCCUCUUCUUCAUCGGCAUCCUCAUCCUCGGGAUCCUCGACCACCUCACCCUCGUCCUCAGCCUCUGACAAAGAGGAGCGGGAAAGCACCGAGGAGGAAGAGGAGGGGGAGGAGGAGGAGGAGGAGGAGGAGGAAGGCCCCAGGAGCCAGGUCUCCUCCUCCUCGACCUCAUCCGCAUCAGAUAAGGAUGACGACGACGAAGACAGUGAUGACCGGGAUGAGUCUGAGAAUGAUGAAGACACAGCCCUGUCAGGGGCGAGUGAGAAGGAAGAAGGGGACUCGGACGGAGAGGAGACAGUGAGCAUCGCCACCUCUAAGGCUGAAGCUGGGUCCUCCAGCGAGAGCUCUGAGUCCUCUGAGUUCGAAUCAAGCUCUGAGUCCUCGUCAUCCUCAGAGGAUGAAGAAGAGGUGGAAGCAGAGGAAGAGGAGGAAGAGGAGGAGGAGGAGGAGGAAGAGGAGGCAGCUGCAGAUGAGAGCAUGGCUCCCACUGCACCUGACGAGGACUUUGAGGAGGACGUGGCCAUGGGGGCGCCCGCCAUGGAGUCCUUGGGCACGGAAGAGGAGGUGGACAUUGAGGCUGAGGACAAAGCCCCCGAGGAGCAGACCCCCAUGCUGGAGGAGCCCUCCUUGCCUGUGGGUGUCGAGGAGCUGGCGAGCUGCCAGGAGCCCCCUGAGGAGCCGCACCUGAACCAGGAGGCGGCCAGGCUGCUGUCUCCAGAGCCCCCUGUUGGAGAGGUGGAGACCCGGCCCCUGCCAUCCCCAGGGCCCUCUCCAGAGGACAAGCUGGAAGUGGAGCCCGAGCCCCCUGCACUGCUCUCCUUACCCCUGCAGCCACCAUUGCCGCCCCCUCGACCACCCCGGCCGCCUAGCCCACCACCGGAGCCCGAGACCCCGGACGCCCCACAGCCCCCUGUCCCUCUGGAACCUCCCCCAGAGGACCAGCCCCCACGUACUCCAGGCCUCUGUGGCAGCCUGGCCAAGUCGCAGAGCACAGAGACGGUGCCGGCCACGCCAAGCGGGGAACCCCCACUGUCAGGGGGUAGCAGCGGCCUGUCACUGAGCUCCCCACAGGUGCCUGGCAGCCCCUUCUCCUACCCAGCCCAGUCCCCCAGCCUGAGCAGCGGGGGCCUCCCAAGGACACCUGGCCGGGACUUCAGCUUCACGCCCACCUUCCCCGAGCCCGGUGGGCCCAUCCUCCUGCCCGUCUGCCCACUCCCCGCUGGCCGGCGCGAUGAGCGGGCUGGCCCCCUGGCCUCCCCGGUGCUCCUGGAGACCGGCCUGCCGCUCCCUCUGCCCUUGCCCCUGCCCCUGCCCCUGGCAUUGCCGGUCCCGGUCCUGCGGGCCCAGACUCGGGCCCCAACCCAGCUGCCACCCUUGCUGCCUGCCCCGCUGGCCCCCUGCCCACCCCCCAUCAAGAGGAAGCCGGGCCGGCCCCGGCGAUCCCCACCGGCUGUGCUCUCCUUGGAUGGGCCCUUGGUCCGGCCACCAGGAGGGGCCGCCCUCGGCAGGGACCUUCUGCUCCUGCCAGGGCAGCCGCAGACCCCUGUCUUCCCUAGCACCCGAGACCCCCGGGCUGUGACCCUGGACUUCCGGAACGCGGGGAUCCCGGCCCCCCCACCACCCCUGCCCCCCCAGCCUCCCCCACCCCCACCUCCACCACCUGUUGAGCCCACCAAGCUGCCCUUUAAGGAGCUAGAGAACCAGUGGCCCUCUGAGGCCAUCCCUCCGGGUCCCCGUGGGCGCGAUGAAGUCACUGAGGAGUUCAUGGAACUGGCCAAGAUGCGGGGACCCUGGCGCCGGCCGCCUAAGAAGCGCCACGAGGACCUGGUAGGCUCAGCCUCACCGGAGCUCUCGCCACCACAACCCCUCUUCCGGCCCCGCUCUGAGUUUGAGGAGAUGACCAUCCUGUAUGACAUCUGGAACGGUGGCAUCGACGAGGAGGACAUCCGCUUCCUGUGCGUCACCUACGAGCGGCUGCUGCAGCAGGACAACGGCAUGGACUGGCUCAAUGACACGCUCUGGGUCUACCAUCCCUCCACCAGCCUCUCUUCAGCUAAGAAAAAGAAACGAGACGAUGGCAUCCGCGAGCACGUGACCGGCUGCGCCCGCAGCGAGGGUUUCUACACCAUCGACAAGAAGGACAAGCUCAGAUACCUCAACAGCAGCCGCGCCAGCACCGACGAGCCCCCUGCAGACACCCAGGGCAUGAGCAUCCCGGCGCAGCCUCACGCCUCCACUCGGGCGGGCUCAGAGCGGCGUUCGGAGCAGCGCCGCCUGUUGUCCUCCUUCACUGGCAGCUGUGACAGUGACCUGCUCAAGUUCAACCAGCUCAAGUUCCGCAAGAAGAAGCUCAAAUUCUGCAAGAGCCACAUUCACGACUGGGGCCUGUUCGCCAUGGAGCCCAUCGCAGCUGACGAGAUGGUCAUCGAGUAUGUGGGCCAGAACAUCCGCCAGGUGAUCGCCGACAUGCGGGAGAAACGUUAUGAGGAUGAGGGCAUUGGUAGCAGCUACAUGUUCCGGGUGGACCACGACACCAUCAUUGACGCCACCAAGUGCGGCAACUUCGCGCGCUUCAUUAACCACAGCUGCAACCCCAACUGCUACGCCAAGGUGAUCACAGUGGAGUCACAGAAGAAGAUCGUUAUCUACUCGAAGCAGCACAUCAACGUCAAUGAGGAGAUCACCUACGACUACAAGUUCCCCAUCGAGGACGUCAAGAUCCCCUGCCUGUGCGGCUCUGAGAACUGCCGGGGGACCCUCAACUAGGCCCGGUGCCCAGCAGAAGGAUGUCAGCUGCCACCCCGGGGCUCCCGAGCGUGGACCCCACGGCCCCGGGGCCUGGCCCCACCUCCCACCCCCAUUUCAGGUGCUGUCCUCUACCCAGUGGCCAUGUCAGGGCCUGGCGCCCCCAACACUACCCCCAGGACCCCCGCAGCUCCAGCCCCUCGAGGGGAAAGGGCUCCUCUGUCUCUCUCGUUUUUAAAAAAAGCUCCUUUCAGGAUUUUUCUUUAGUUCCAACAUAAACGUCUCUCUGCCUCUGUGUCUCUCUCCCUGGCUCUCCCCCUUUCUCCACCUCUGUCCGUCUGUCUGUCUGUCUCUUCUCUAGCCUUUUCAUCAGCCUCUUCCCAUGAAUGCUGCUACGUUGUUUUGUCUCCUCUUUAGUUUCUUCCUUGUCAUAAGAAAAGACAUUUUAACCGUUGAAAUGUGAAGGCAGAAUCAGAGAGCGGGGACCCCCAGCGGGGGCUGCAGAGGCCUCGGGUCAAUGGCGAGUGGGCCCACGUGCCGGAACCCCAGCCAGGGCGCUGGGCCUGGUGCUGCAGCGAGGAGCGGGGCCUGGCUGGGUGGCUUUGACCUCAGAACACUACGCAAAGCCCCCCUCUCUGCUGGCAGCCUCAGCGAGGAGAGGACCCCCUUGCCUGACCCCUACCUGUUCCUUCCCCAGCAGCCUUGGGGGCACCAUUUCCCGGAGCAGACCCUGGUAGAGCCAAGCUGGUCCCAGGCAGGAAUGUUCCCUCCGGGCUCUCCCUGCCACCCCACACCCCGCCAGCCCCCAAAUCUUGGGUUCAAUGUUUACUUUCUCAUUCGAAUGCCAGCAACGAGGGAGCCUCCUGGAGGCCCCAGUGCAGGCGAAGGGCGCUGGGAAGGGUUGUCUACUCUCUCCUGCCCUCACCUUCACCGGGCGGAGGACGGCCUCCCAGGGCCGGCGGGGCCCCCAGUCCCGCCACUACGGGUGUCUGACCUGAUGCAUGUGGCAUUUUUUGUUUAUAAGCUUCACCCACCCGCUCGCCCCCAGCCCACACCCCAGCUCACCCUGCCAGCAGCCUCCUCACCCCAAGAAGUCAAGAGCAUAUUUAUUUUCAGAAUGAGAUUAUUUCUCCCAGAGAAAGGAAAAUCUUGGAAAAGAUUUUAAAACUCAGAUCUAAGUUUCACAGGUUUUUUUUUUUUCAGUCCUUUUUACCCCCCUCCCAUCAUGCUCUUCAGGGUGUAUCUCCAUGAAUUUUUUUUCUUGUGCGUGUAUAAAAUCAAAACGAAGGGAAAAAAUAGGUUUUUGAAGUUCAGAACCAACUUCUGUAUAUAGGCUGCCAUAACGGACUUUUUCUCGGGAACAUUGUUUCUUGUAGAAACAUGUGGGAAGACUUUUUUGCUCAUUUCUUUGUACUUCCAGAACACCUACAAACACACACACACACACACACAGGCAAGUCCCCUGCACCCCAGAAAGCAGAGCAGGCAUGUAAAUAAUUUAUGGAAAGUGACUGUUGUGACCAGGAGUCAUCCUCACCAAGACGGGAGAGCUCCCGGUGGGGCCGCCCCACCCUGCGGACGCAGGCCCGGAGCCUCUGGUAUCUCAGCUUGUGUCAAGCUUGUUAUCAUGUAAAUUCUGUACAAAGAAUUGUUAUUUUUCUCUUUUUUUGUCGUUGGUGGUUUUGUUGUGUUUUUUUUUCCUCCACCCCAUGCCCUCUCUGUUUGAGACUGUGCCCACCGAUUUCAAGGUGGACGAAAUCGGUGGCAUUAAGACGCAGAGUGGGGACCUGGGCACAGCGGCGACCUUCUCUUCCGUUUGCGGUUUUCUGCCUAAUUGUGCAACUGAGGAAAUAUUUAUUUUUCACAUGAGGAAAUGCGUAGUGUGUAGAGACGGCUGAUUAAGUUACUCGAGCAUCCCCCAAGGGGCUGUCUGCAUUCUCUCCCCUCCCACCAAGAAAGAAGUGGAGGGGGGAUGGGAGGACACCAGGGGCCAGGGGCCAGGGGCCAGCCUCACGCCUCACCCUGGCCUCACCUUGCCCAAUGGGCGAGGGGCUGGGCCCUCCCCAUCCCCAGGAAACCCCACCCCACCCUUGAAAUGGUUUGCCAUAUCCAGAAAUGUGUUGACUCAUUUUUCUUUCAAUGCCUUCAUUUUCACUGAACAAAUCUUUGCUUUUGAAGAGUUGGGGGUUUCUGCUUUUCUUUUCCUUGUCCUUCCCUCCCUCCCUCUCUCCUCCGCAAAGAAAAGAACCCAUAAGUUUUAGGGAUGUUUGUGCGUAUAGACUCUGUCAUCCGUAUGUAACUUGUUUUGAAGAGAAGUGUUUCCGUUGUGGGUGUGUCUUGCUGUAAAUAUUUGUUCAUAUUUUUGUGAAUUCAAUACUAUGUACCAUUGUAUUAUAGUAACUUUUAUAAAGCAAACCAUAAAUAUACUGACUUUUCUUACAGA